CUCGAAUCUCAAAUACUGGGAAACGUAGUCACCCAUACCAAGCAUGUAUAGUAGCAAACAAUCCGUAACAGUUUUCAUAAACCUGGACGUGUAUAACUUUCCCGGACUGUGAUCGAACUCCGCAUAAACUUUUUCUGAUAGAGAUCUUGUUUUGGCUUCAAUAGUUCAACCAUUCGAUUUUCGAACAAAUUUCCUCACAACUCGCGUGAUACGGAGAUCGUAGCACCAUGGAUGUUCGACCACAAUUGGACUGGGAAAACUAUUUCAUGGCUGUGGCGGCUAUAUCUGCCAAAAGAUCGAAGUUAGAGAACAAAGUUGGCGCUGUGAUUGUGACAGAUGACAACAGGAUUGUCGGCGCAGGGUAUAACGGCACCCCGCUGAAUCAUCCUGACCCUGGCAAUGUUGUAUGCGACGCAACUACAAAUGCUAUAUUAUUCCGGUGUGUGGCGGAUCUGCGCGGCACCUCCAUGUUCACAACCGCCCUUCCCAGUCCAGAGGCCGCUAAACUGAUUGUCCAAUCUCGGAUCAAGAUUCUUUACUUCCUCGAAAGGAGUGGAGUCAACAUGCCUGAAGACAUCGCUAGCCUCUUUGCUACGGGACACGUGGAGUGGCGCCACUUUAUACCUCAGCAUAGGGAAGUCGUGGUGAACUUUGCCGCACUUGGAGAGACACGCGAGGCUCAAUUACCGGAACAGCCGUCCUCGAAUGGGAGAAGCGAAUAGAUGGUUGAAGAUAUUGGUCGAGCUCCGAGUACUAGUUAAAUGGCGCUAUAGCGCAAAAUUUAGCACGUUUUUGUAGACUCAUCGCUGUGAGUUUGAGGUGAUUGCGAGCAUUGAUUGCAGGACAAUGGUUCUGCAGAACUAUUGUCUUGUAGUCGGUGCUCGUAAUCACCUUAACCCUAUUACUUAAUCAUAUUAAUUGUAUUUGUAUUAUAAAUGCAACCCGCUAAAUGCCAUCUGAUUGUGUAUGUCUUUUGUCAGCCCCACAAUGGCCUCAUGUCAGGUUAUAUGAGGGAAAUAAACUAUUGUUAUUGUUAUAUGCCCUUUGCGGUCGUUUAGGUCUAUCGACCAACAUGAAAGCUCUUGUGUGCGUAUUAUCCUGUUAACCCUUUUAUAAGAUAGUGGAACAAUAUUCCAAUCCAAGGCAAGGGUUUGUUUACAAACAGAGGUAUACAAUGCUGUACAAAAAAGCACACUGAUGUACACAAAACUCCGGAGCCGAGGAAUUGAACAUGAGACAAGACCACAAUUGAUUUUUUAAGCCUUUUAGCAGUUAAAUUGUCAAUGUUUGACCGCGACGCAUCAAAUACUGCGUGGGGUUGUGAAUCUGAAAUUUUGAUAUGAUAUUCCGGACAGUCGGGCAAGCAAAUUGUGAAAAAUAAACUGGUAGUUGACCACGGACAUUUUUUUGAUAAUCGACAAAUUAGACAGACUUUGAUAUUUCCACUUUUUUCAGCCAACUGGCAGAAAAAACUCAAAACACGCCCCCAUCAAAUAAUUUCUUUAUAUCUGUAGACCUGCCACAGCAAAUAUUUUUUCAAUACCUCUCCAAAUAUGUACUUGAGAGUUAAAAACAUGCACUCGUCCAAUUGAUAGGCCUCGACCCUCCAACCUAUGAAUAUUCAUUAGUGGUCUUGUCUCACAUUCACAUUACGGCAGGUAUAAAAUUCAAACAUUCCAGGUGGUGCAGGAAGAACCAACUGAUGAUGUACACUGUGCUGUACUGAAAUAAAGUUUUUUAUAGUUUCAUGCCUAUGUUUUAAAAUGGUACAUUCAUAUGUUCACUAAAAGCUCAUACCUGUGACAAGGUAAUUAGAAUAUAAGCAUGAAGCUUUGAAAACUUUAUAUCAGUACAGCACAAUGUACAUCAUCAAUUUGUUCUUCCUGCACCACAUGGAAUAUUUGAAUUACAUACUGCUAUAAUUUUUUAGAUGAGUAGAUGUAGAUUGAUUUUUAUGCGGUUUUCACACUUGCGUUUCUUAUGUUAGUAGUUCGGCAAGUUGUUAAUGGUCCCGAAUUGAGGAGGAUUCGCGAGGACGAUUCGUCUAAAAAUAGAACCUACGCGGGAAAUUCCAAAAACAAAAUCUCAAAUGGGUAAAAGAGGGCGCUUUAAUCAGCGGGAAAUUAGUUGAGAAAUAGUUUUCAAAUGGAGAAAAGAGGACGCUUCAUCAGCGCAGCGAGAAAUUCAAAUUAUGAAUUGAAACCAGGCCAUACUAAUACAAGCUUGCAUCGGUACGAUCGAUAGUUGUACAGAUAUUUCUCAAUAUCUCGUAUUUAUAUACCUCAGUGAUAUAAAAUAUAAUGCUUGAAGUUGAAUUUCCGUUUGAAUGGCCUUUUUGAAAAAAUGUUUAGAAUCGAGGUCAACAGGGUCAAAAGGAAUUGGUUUUUGGCGCCAAUGAUGUCAGGGACAUGGCGGAGUUGUUCUUAAGUUCGAGGUGAUUCUCUUGGAAUCCAUUCUGCCGAUGCUCACUGUGAGGGCUGUGAUUUGAAGGGACAAAUUAGGUUUGUGAUCGAGGUUACCAAGAUGACUAGUUUUCGAAUUCCCUUCCGUGCACCCCCUCAUUCUGCAGCAUACUUAUUCUCGCUAAUAAUGAUUUUGCAAGUGUUGUUAGGUGUUUUGGAUAUGUCUUGCAAAUCUAAGGCCAACAGCUACAUUCUGUUUUGGUGAGAUCUUUAUUGCAGUUGGUGAUUUGUUCAUUUUUUCCCUUAUUUUUCCCCUACUCACGGAUUAGGCGACCACUUAACACACAAGAACCAUUUGAAGCCGAUAGGAGAAACACUGGCACACAGAAACACUCACAGAUGCUACAUCGGUACUGAACUUCAGUGGUUAAUCAGUCGUUACACGGUCCAACCGACCACCGGGAACCAACAGAGAAACCCGGAUAUCGAAACACACCGUGAAAGCUUUAGUUGUAAAAUCGAUGAACAGAAUUCAGCCGCAAUCGCGGAUCGUCCAUAUACUAAUUAAACGAGUAUGCUUGUACCAGUCUGCGAUAUAUUUCUCGUGUUUAGGGUAACAAUGUGCCUGUUUUCUACAGGAACAUAUCAGGUCAAUUUCUUGCGGAUAGUUUUGGCCAGAUUCGAUAGACGCGCAGGAUAAUACAUUUAUGUAACUUUGUCGUGUGAAGCCACAUCGGACCAUACUGAUCUUCCAGCGGUAUCGCCUCCGUAGCCUCCGUCCAUACUGAUGCGCGUUGUCUGGAAGCUGAGCAAUGUCAAUACAUCACGGGUCAAGACUAGGCAUACGUUGGCAUUUAUUCGGAACGCAAGCCCUCCACCAUUCUGAACCAUCCAAGGUGUGUUGAGAACACGGACGAGAACGCUUAUACAAAUCUCCUUCAAAUGAUUUCGGACAAUUUCGCUGAUUUCAAAACAGGGUAAAACCAAAUCGCUCAAAGAGUGAUGGACAAGUAGGAUCUUCCUUCAGCUCAGGCAAGGGUGUUGGAACGUUCGGUGAUUUUUGAUUGGAUUACCAAAACAUUAAGGACUGGUGUUCAAGAUGUAUGUUACAGCAAGGAGGGUCUGUCUCUACAUUUUGGUAUUGGUGGACAUUGUUUUGAAAGCUGCGGCGAAGGAUGUCUUAGAAACGACAAAGGCUACCCUCACGGAGACUACCAUCCAGCCAUUGCAGCUCUCCAAGAUAUCGGCGACGACCUUCUCACCGGCGGAUUAUGAUGAUUCAACACAAGACCCGUUCAGUAUGGAAUCGGUGGUGGCGCCCCCUCUCAGGGUGUGGCACAUUGCUGCUAUCGUCGGCACCGUCAUAUCAACAAUCAUCAUCAUCCUGUGCUGUGUGUUCGACUGCCGCAUCCCGCGCUCCAAGGAGGAGAUAGAGAGGAAUAAUGAGAAGCGCCGCAUCGCCUUCAAAUACGCAGACGAGAUGACUAAGAUACAUAUCAAUGAUAUGAAGAUUAUCCCAAAGGAAAAAGAAGAAUUCGAAGCAAAUCAAAAGAAGAAAUCGACACAUCUGACAAAAAAUGGCGGCGAGAUCGAGCAGAAGAUGAAGUCAAAAAGUAAACAACCGAUGGCAUCAAAUGGUGCCACGGCGGUCCAAGUGAACGAAGAACAGAAACCACGGAAGAAGAAAAGGCGCCGACGAACGUCUGCUGGAGUCAGUGAUGUUGCGACGCCGCUGGCACAUCACCCCACUGAGAUGGUGCAGCCGUCGAAGAAGGCCAGUCUAGCCCUCGGUGUCCCAAACGAGAAGGCGACUGCAAGGACUCUAGCUAAGAUUCCCGAACAGAACAAGAAGUCGAGGGUCAAAGUUCACAAAGACCCAAACGUUUAAAGGGACAACUUUGGCCCGAAAUAUGUUGGUUUCUUCAUACGAAAAUGGCUUCCAGCAGGACCGUCACUUCUCCAAACAGGAUCACUGAAAAAUCAUUGUAUAUCCUGCAAUAGAGAGUAAGCUUGAACGGAGUAGGCGUCGGCUGAAAUUCGUAAGCCAGCCUCGCAACACUUUCGUAAUCUUGAUAACAUAUCUAGUUGUACAUUAGCUUGCACGGUGGCGGCGCAUGGUGGUGAGAAGGCAUAUUAUCCUCCUGGCCACCUAAAUCUGACAGGGACAAUGACAAUAGAUCCAAUGUAUUUUCCUUAAAGAUUGGUUGGCCAAGAGGAUAUACAUUCUUCUUGCGGAUGAAUUGGCCACGAAGAUGUAUUGUCUUUGCAGAUGAAUUGGUCAAGAGGAUGUAUUGUCUUUGCAGAGGACGUAUUGUACUUGCAGAUGAAUUGGUCAAGAGGAUGUAUUUUCUUUGCAGAGGAUCUAUUGUCCUUGCAGAUGAAUUGGUCAAGAGGAUGUAUUGUCUUUGCAGAGGAUCUAUUGUCCUUGCAGAUGAAUUGGUCAAGAGGAUGUAUUGUCUUUGCAGAGGAUCUAUUGUCCUUGCAGAUGAAUUGGUCAAGAGGAUGUAUUGUCUUUGCAGAGGAUCUAUUGUCCUUGCAGAUGAAUUGGUCAAGAGGAUGUAUUUUCUUUGCAGAGGAUGUAUUGUCCUUGCAGAUGAAUUGGUCAAGAGGAUGUAUUGUCUUUGCAGAGGAUGUAUUGUCCUUGCGUAUGAAUUGGCAACGAGGAAGUAUUGUCUUUGCAGAUGAAUUGGAAGAAGAUGUAUUUUCCCUGCAGUUGAAUUGGUCAAGAGGAUGUAUUGUCCUUGUGGAUCAAUAGACCAAGAGGAUGUAUCGUUUUCAGAUGAAUUUGUCAAGAGGAUGUCCGGUGUAUUGUCCUUGCAGAUGAAUUGAUCAAGAGGAUGUAUUGUCUUUGCGGAUGAAUUGGCCAAGAGGAUGUAUUGUCUUUGCGGAUGAAUCACCCGAGAUGAUUUACUGCCUCUGCAGAUGAAUUGUCCAAGAGGAUGUAUUGUCCUUGUAGGUGUCUUGGCCCAGAGGAUGUAUUGUCC